AUGGUCAAAUCCUACUUGAAAUUUGAGCAUUCCAAGACCUUCUCCCAGAUCUGCUCCCCCACAUCCAAUGUCGUCUAUGAUGCCCAUGCCCUGUCUACAAGCACCACACAAACCUCUGCCGGUCGAGCGGUAGUAGGCGCCAACGACUCGAUCCUGUCCUGGGACAUCAAGAAGGCAGAACUGCUCGACACAUGGCGAAUACCUGACGACCCUUCGCCUAUUCGGGUGUGGGACGCCGUUACUGCGACGGUUGUCAUUACGUUCAACGGACAUAAAAGUGCUGUGACGGUGCUGCAAUUCGAUACUGCGGGCGGCAGAUUAGUGAGCGGCAGUCGGGAUACCGAUGUCAUUGUAUGGGAUAUGGUGGGCGAGGUUGGGCUGUACCGGUUAAGGGGACAUAAGGAUCAGGUCACGAGUGCGCACUUUUUGCAGUCGCCCGAGGCAGGCGAGGAAGGAGAGACCUUCGUCGUGUCGACAGGCAAAGACUCGCUGGUCAAGGUCUGGGAUCUGUCCAGCCAACACUGCGUCGAGACACAUGUCGUCCAGACAAAUGGAGAAUGCUGGACUUCUGCUGUCGGUCCGGACGGAUCGGCCUUACUGACUGCGGGAAAUGAUGGCGAGAUCAAAGCCUGGACAGUCAAUGCUGCUGCCUUCCAGCAGUCCACUACCGCAAAGCGGGUCAAUAUUCUGACAGAGCAGGGCACAUUCUACCGGCAUGGCCGUGAUCGCACGACCGGCAUUCACUUCCACCCCAAACGCGAUCUGCUAGCUUUCCACGGCUCCGAGAAGAGUAUCGAAAUAUUCAGAAUCCGCAGCGAUGCUGAAGUCCGGAAAGCUCUCGCCCGAAAGAAGAAACGGAAGCGAGAGAAGGCUGCUGCUGAGGAGGCUGCUGCUCAGGACGAGAUGGCACUGGACAACGAUCAGCCCGAUCCCGAGACCAUUCCUACGAUCACAGACUUCAUCGUCACCUACGUGACUGUCCGUACCAGCGGCAAGGUUCGCUCGAUGGACUGGGCAGGCGGCAAAUCUGGCAAGUCUAUUUCAAUGCUCAUCUCCACCUCCAAUAAUCAGCUAGAGCUCUUCGAAGUUACACUCCCUCCGCCAGACCAGAAGUCGAAAAAAGCCGAGCAACCAGAAUACAGCCGCACCCAAGCAGUCGAUACACCCGGCCACCGCACCGACAUCCGCUGUCUAGCCCUCAGCUCCGACGACCGCAUGCUCGCCAGCGCAUCAAAUGGCAGUCUAAAGAUCUGGAACACGCGGACACAGAGCUGCUUGCGGACCCUUGAAUGCGGCUAUGCCCUGUGUGCAGCGUUCCUGCCAGGUGACAAAAUUGUCGUCAUCGGCACCAGGGAAGGCACACUCGAACUGUUUGACAUUGCCUCAUCAGUGCUGCUAGAUACCGUUGCUGCUCACGAAAAAGAGCUCUGGUCCAUGCAAGUGUCAUACGAUGGUAAAGCCCUGGUCACUGCAUCUGCAGACAAGAGUGCCAAAUUCUGGGACUUCAAAGUCGUCCACGAAGCCGUUCUCGGCACUGAGCGAACCACUCCGAAGCUCACGCUGGUGCACACACGCACUCUCAAAGUCGCAGACGACAUUCUUGCCGUCAGAUUAUCACCCGACUCGCGCCUGAUUGCAGUUUCUACCCUCGACAACACCAUCAAGGUCUUCUUCAUGGAUAGCCUGAAGCUCUACCUGACGCUAUACGGACACAAGCUUCCCGUGUUGAGCAUCUCGAUUUCGUACGAUUCGAAGCUUCUCGUCUCAUCGUCCGCCGACAAGAAUGUGCGAGUGUGGGGUCUGGAUUUUGGCGAUUGCCACAAAACCUUCUUUGCUCACAACGACUCAAUCCUUUCUGUGGCAUUUGUGCCAACCAACGAAGACCAGAAUGGGCACCAUUUCUUCUCCGUCUCGAAAGACCGAAGCAUUAAGUACUACGACGCAGACAAGUUCGAGCAGAUCCAGGUGUUGAACGGCCACCACGGGGAGAUAUGGGCACUGGCUAUCGCCACCGACGGCUCCUUCAUCGCAACAGCCUCCCACGAUAAGUCAAUCCGCGUCUGGAGCCAAACAGACGAGCAAAUAUUCCUUGAGGAAGAGCGCGAGAAGGAGCUCGAGGACCUCUACGAAUCCCAGCUCCUCACGAAUCUGGAGUCUGAUGAGCGCAAUGCUGCACAAAAUGAGGAUGGUACUCCUGCAGAUGCGGUCCUCGACCCCUCCAAACAGACAGCACAAACCCUCAUGGCCGGUGAGAAGAUCACUGAAGCUCUGACCCUCGGCAUGGAAGACCUAGAAAUCACGUCCGCCCACAGCGCCCUUCAAUCUACCAAUCCAAACACCCAACUUGCCCCACCACAACGUAACCCAAUCCUCACUAUUGCACAUAACAACGUGUCCGCCUCAGCAUACGUCCUCAGCGUCUUCGAAAAGAUCCCUGCCGCAUCCCUGCAAGACGCCUUGUUGGUGCUGAGCUUCACGCAACUGCCCGCGCUGUUCACGUUUCUCGGCUUGUGGGCCGAAGAGGGACGUAAUGUGCCACUUAUCUGUCGAGUGCUUGUGUUCAUGCUCAAGGUACACCAGCGGCAGAUUGUGAGUCAAGGGAACUUGAGGGCAGAUCUAGAAGCAUUGAAAGUGAAGUUGAGAAAGCUAUUGGAGGGGAGGAGAAAGGAGGCCGGGUGGAACUUGGCGGGGUUGAGGGUAUUGGGCAGACGGGUUGCGGAGGCGGAGGAGGACAAGGGCUGGAUUGACGAUAUUGACGAGGAAGGCGCGCCGGAAAGCAAGAAGACGACGACGACGACCAAGGGAGUCAAGAGAGGCUUUGUGAGCGUUGCUUGA